UAUGAAGGAGUCGACCAAGAUGUCGGAACAAUAGUGUCACCCUCACACCCUCACUCUCCUCACCCUGGCCACCCUCACGCCUCACCCUGGCCACCCUCACCACGGAGAAGCGUAAACACAGUGCCAGAGGACCUGGAUGAAGCAGGAUGGGGGCCAUAACGAGCAGGCAGAACGCUGGCGUCGAGGAGGUGGACAUUGGGGUUAAUCACGCCUACAAGUACCCCCCUAAGUCGGGAAAUUACUUCAGCAGUCAUUUUAUCAUGGGUGGGGAACGGUUUGAAACGGCCCUGCCUGAGAUGUAUCUCUUCGGGGAGAACAUGGAUGUCAACUUCUUGGGAUCACGUCCCGCACCUUUUCUUUAUCAGAGUGAUGGCCUAUUAGGGGUCUCCAUGGCGUCUCAUCCUGAAGGCCCGUGGACAGUACGUGAUGACACCAAGGAAAACGAUACCUUCCCAGCUCCUAUAGGGCCAAUGCGAAAACAGUUUCCAUAUCCAGCACCGACUGCAAACGAGCCAAGCAAAACGUUGAAAGCGCUUAUUAACAUAAGAAAGGAAAGUUUACGAUUUGUGCGCGCGCCUGAUGAAUCGGCUACCCUAAAGGAACCAGAUGACACCACCGCAGUAUCCAGAUUUAACAUAGAAUUCACGUUUGAUUGUGAUGUGCGUUGUGCCAUUACCAUCAUGUACUUCUGCUCGGAAGACAUCACAACAAGUGGCAUGAUCUACACUCCCCGUGACCCCGUCAUGAACUCGGAGACAUAUCAUUACAAGCGAGGAGCGAAUCAGCAGUUCUCGCAAGUGUGUCACGUCUUUGAUCCUUCUCUGUAUCCUGAGGAAGAGCUGUUGUAUAGCUUCGACCGAGAGAUUUUGCCUAUUGUGAUAUAUUGCGUAGCAGAAGAAGGAGAGGAUCCUCGUCAGUCGCACGUUACAUUUGCAAUGGUGGAGAGACACAGUGAUGGUUAUGCUCUCAAACCUCUCAAACAGAAACUAUUUGUGGAUGGCCUCUCCUAUCUUCUUCAGGAGAUCUAUGGCAUAGAAAACAAAAAUGCAGACAAUUGUAAGGUUUCAACUGAGGAAGAUAUUGAAGAUAACGGAGCCGAGUGUGUCAUCUGCAUGUGUAACCUGCGGGACACGCUGAUCCUGCCGUGUCGUCACCUGUGUCUCUGUAACUGCUGUGCCGACUCUCUCAGGUAUCAAGCCAACAACUGUCCUAUUUGCCGUGCACCUUUCCGUGCUCUGCUCCAGAUAAAAGCCUUGCAGAAGAACUCGGGAGCUUGUACCAAUCCACAACCAAGUUCUGAGGAUGAGAAGCCUUCUUUUGUGGUAGUUUCCAUCCUUGGUGCUGCACUGGCUGGAGAGGACGAGGAAGGGUUGCAUGCCUUUAUAGCUUUGAGUGGAGAUAAUGUACCACCAGGCUAUGAAGCAGUUUCCCUUAUUGAAGCCCUCAAUGGUCCAUCUGUCGCACUGCAGCAACCCUCCGCUCCACCGGCACACGAGCUGUACGUCCAGCUGCCUCAGAAUGCAACUGAUGCACCAUCCGAGUCUCUCAUUCGUAAUGAAGCAUCAAGAUGUUUCAUCGAAAGCAUAACUGUUCGAUCAGGGGCUGGCUCGGUGGAAGAUUCUACCACUCAAACAGACCGUCCCCCCAGCUCCUGUGACUCAAAUAACCCAUCCGGGGUAGUUACCGAGAUGCGUAUGUCAGUGCUGCUUGCUCGUGAAUGUGAGGAAGAGACAGGUGGCAAAGGGGACAGCAUUGUGGCCGCUGCUGCUGCACCUCCUGUCAAAAAGAAGGCAAGUCGGAAACAGUCUCGUGAGAAGCAGCAGCAUUAUGGUUCUAAGGACAGCGUUAAAGUUGUCAACGAAAUAGGUGGACCGAGGAGUAUUGAACGGGGCAGGGGAAGUGGUGCUGCCUUAUUUUCGGGGGUCAUCUUAUGCGCUGAAUAUAAGCCUAAACCUGAAUUACACCUCAAAAUUUUUGGGGUCGACUUAUGUGGCAGGUCGACUUCGAUGCCGACAUAUACGCCUGUUGACCCAGCAGAAACGAGGAGUCUCCUAGAUGAGGAUGGGUCAGAAACCGAUGCAGGCGUUGAGGGUGACGGGAGGCUGAGACAGCAGAACCCUCGAGAGUUUGAGAACCAGCAGGAGAUGAGAGCCCCACAGGCCGAGGCAGAGGUCGACGAUGAUGAUGAGGGGGAGCGGGCGUUUGAGAAUGACAGUGACCACAGGGAGCGGUCGAUUGUGGUGCUGCCGGACUCGACUGUCAGUGAGAGUGAUGAUAAUGACUUACCAGAAGUUGUUUCAUACUCACCGGUCGUGACGCCAAGGAAGGUUGAUGGGGUGAGACAGGAAAUUCUUGAAACUGACGAGACUCCAAGGCACGGCCGAAAUGGUGGUUCAUCGGACAUGUCAGUUCCAGCUUCCCCAGGAGGAGGAGCAUCAAACGUCACUCAUCAAAGUGACACUGUUUCUCUUCCUGGUACACCCUUGAGCAACGCUUCAGCCAUCAGCAGGUCAUCGGAUGCAUCAGUCAGCUCAGCCUCUUCAACAAGAGCUCUUCUCUCGCAUCCAAUGGAUAGCUCACCUGCCAGCAUUGUCUAAACAAUUUACUAGCCCUUAUAUGCUAGGUGUACUUGAACCAGAUCUACGGUGGAAAAUGCGCUAAAAUACGCACGCGUGUAUGUGAAUGAGCACGUGUUUAUGCAUGUGUGCGCUCUCGUGCGUAUGUUUGCUUGCCUGUCACUGACUAUGGGAGAGUGAGACAUAGCUCUUUGUGCCCUGCCGCCUAACCGUUUACGCGGUUAGGAGGCAGAGUAUGAUUACAUGCUGAUUACCCCUCUUAACAUUGUUUUCAUCCUAUUUCUCUUAAAAGUUACUGAUGUUAUUGGUUUCGACAACCCCUUUCUUCAAUGCAUUCCACUUGCCAACCACCUGUACAGGGAACAAGAACCUUUUUGCAUCUCUUUCAUAUAAUUGCUCGUUCAGCUUUCAUUGAUGUCACUUUGUCCUACCUCGUUUUAAUUUAAAUAGGCUUCCUUUGUCACUUUGUCUAUACCCCGAGGCUCUCGUCAUUAUCGGAUGGCGUUUCUUCUCUGUACUGUACAUAGAAAAUAUAAAUUUGAGUACAAUAAUUUUUGUUUACAUUAAUAAUCAAUAUAAAUCCCAGUAUGCUUGAAUCUCUCUAUGCAAACACCUAAUCCAUGUCACAAGGAGUUAGGCAAUCGUAACAAAAUUGGAUUUCAUUUAGUUUUGUUGGGUAUUGGUUUCUUAAGCAUAUCGAGGUCCCAGAAGACCGACGACAAACUUUUCCGUGGAUUCUGCCCACGACAAUCUUCUAACUUGCUGCUAUAUUGGCUGUCAGUUCAAUGAAAGCAUCAGAUAUAAGAACACUUGUCCGUAUAUCUUCUCCUGAUUGGGAAUCAAACCCAGGACCAUACGGUUGUGAGCUACCUGUGUUACAGGACCACCUCCCUCUAACCGUUACUCAGAAAAUUACAUCACUUCAAAUAUGCCAAUAUAACCACCAGCUUUGAUCAUCAUAACAUGUUAAAUAAAUAACCAAAUGCAAGAUAUAAAGUGAAAUGAAGAAUAAGAAAUUUUGGUCCUUGAUUCUUAUUGAGUCAUGAUAAGAGGUUCAUGGCAGACCAAAAUGUCAUCUCUCGUUUCAUUACAAAUUUGUGGGUCGGGCUAUUCUCAUUCUCCGCAUAUUACAAUAGUUUCAUUACAUAAAUAAUAAAUAUAAGCAGUUGAUCCAAGUUAAUUUUUAUUGUACUUGAAGGCAGCACAGGUCUUCCUCUGUCUUAAAUAUUUAAAAACUUGUAAAUAGACGUUACUGCUGAAUUUCAUUACAUUCUAGCACCAUGAGCACAAUUAUUAUUUUUCACUGGUGUUGUCAGUUCCAGUUUUGUUUGCUACACUCCUAAACAUAUCUGGUACUGGUAUUUAUACAAGUGUCGUGACGCUUAUUUUGGUUUAUAGCAACAGAAGAUUUAUACCGUGACCUAAUUAAGUUUCAAGGCAUGGUAGUACUGCUUAGGUAAUACAAUAUAUACUGUAUAUAGGUAAUACAAAUUUUGUUCCACAAUUUAAUAAGCAUGGUAUAUGGAUAUUUAAACAUGUGUGUGUGUGUACUUUACAAUAUUAGAAUACAGUACACCCUCCAAACUCCAGACCUGCAUAUAACAGAUUUCUAAAAACUUAAAGAAAUUACCCCCACCAUCAUAACCAAAUCUUCCCCGUAGAUGUGACGUAGAGAUGAAUCCGUGAAACUGAUAACCAUAGAGCUGGUAAGAAGGCAUGUGAAUGAUGGGGUAAGGAUGCAGGAGGACUAGAGCAGAGGUUAGGAUAAAAGGUGUAGGAGGGGGAGAUACAGGGUAGUAGCCCAACCACUUCGGAUGUUUGGGUGAUCAUGAUACCGUCGUGUGAAUUUGUGUGUGAGGAUGUACAGAUUUGUUUGGACAAAAUCUGGACCCCCCCAGGAGGGGGUGAGGUACAGACCGCCACGCUAUUUCCCUGUAACAUAGAAAUUCAUUCAUACUUUUUUAUAAUAUUUCUAUAUACUGUAUUGCAUUAAAUAUACACAAUACAGUAAUGCAUUUGUAUUUUAUAAAUAUUUUGCAGUGUUUGUGUUGAACAUGUUGUACAAAAAAUGUACUUGUUCCCUGUUUUUGUGGGAAACCAGACUCGCUGUGAGGGCACUUGUACCAAACACGUUUUUCUUACAUGAGUAUACUGGCUUUUCUUUGAUUAUAUGAUAGCAGUAUAUGAUGGCCAUGUCCACCAUGUCCCUUGGUGGACAUGGCCAUGCCAUCUGGCAAUAGUAGCAUGGGCACAUCAAGCAGAGAUGAAACUUCCUUGCCAUUGACACAGCCGAGUUAUUAGAGAAGCAUGAUCACGACUAGGGAGGCAAGCAAGAGACCAGGUGAUUGGUUAGUAAUGUUUCCGACGUUAAAAUGACACAAACCAUGAGCAUUGAGAUCUUGAAGGCCAGUUAGGGUGGCUCCGAGUGUGAGGAAGCUUCUACAAUACGUAAACAUAUUUUGCUGCACCUGGUUUACCAAGACCAGCUGUGUUACAGAAAGGCAAGUGAAUAAAAUUAAUGUUGUAUAAUUUGUUCAUGCAUAUUAUUUAUAUAAAAAAAUAUUUAUAAUUGAUUAUAUAUAUAUUGUCUAAAUGUGCAGAAACUUUAUCCUUUGCUAUAAGAUUAAAAAAAUCCAGAAAUAUAGUGACAAAUAGCCAAAAAGAAAAGGGGACAUUCAUUCGGAAACCCAUAUUUCACAUACAGUAACUUGAGAUGAUUUCGGGGCUUAGCGUCCCUGCGGCCCGGUCCUUGACCAGACCUCCACAUAAACCCAGAAUGGCUCUGGUCUAAUGUUCUUGAUUUUGGAGGGUUCACUAUAUUUAGAAAGAUAAAAAUGACCAAAUUAUAGCUCUUAAGUACUCAUGUGUGCAUGAAAGUAUGCACAACAUGCAUACAUACUUGCAUAGACAAAUAUUUUUCUGUGAUAAUUGAAAUGUAUGAGUGCAGUAAUAUUACCCAUGUAAUUAUUUAUUAGCUUAGUUUUGCAAAUUAAUAAAGUAUUUUGUUUUGUGUAAGGACACGAGAAGAAUAAGGAGUCACUCUUACCAUGACGUCCAACCACUUAGACUGGAUGGUAGGGCAAUGGUCUCGCUUAUUACCGGUCACUGUUCAAUCCUCGACCGUGCGAGUGGUUGGGCAUCAUUCCUUUCCUCCGUUCCAUCCCAGUUCCUUAUCCUCGCACCCCCUUCCAAGUGCUAUAUAGUCGUAAUGGCUUGGCACUUUCUCCUGAUCAUUACCCUCUACCAUGUUUGUAACUGAUCAUUACCCUUUACCAUGGCUGUAACAUGGUGUAUUUGUGGCCCUGAUAUUAUAUUUUUGUUGGAAACAUAACUAGUUAUUUACCUGUAAAAUCUAAUAAAAAUACAAAUCUUG